AUGGCUAAAUUUCAUAAAAAGCAUUUAAACAAGAUAUAUGGAUAUCCUAUUCCUAUAACUACCACUUCGGAAGCUUAUGGUGUAUCCUUACCUGAGGUUUAUCCUCAUAAUCCGAUUUCAUGGUUAUUCUUUGCUUAUAAAUUGAUUCAAUAUAAUUUAUCCUUAACCGUUCCUCAAUCUGAAAUUAAGUUCAUUGAGGUUGAACUUGAUCAAAGUAGUAUGUUUAAAGUUGAUCAAACUGAUGAUGUAUUAAGAUUAUGGAGACGAGGAUUCUUUGGAAAGGGGAUCUUAUCAAGAUCAGAACCUACUUGGAAAGAACGUACUAUUAAUCGACUUAAUUUGAAUUCAGAAGGUGAAGGUGGAUCGAAUCUUUUAAUGGAAGACGUUACUGUUAAAAGAAGAGAAGGUCGUCAGAAAUAUAAAGAUGAACGUUCAAAAAUACAAGCGUUGGAGUUAUUACAACGUAAGGGAGAGAUUUUAUCAAAUGAUGAUUUGAAAUUAUUAGAUGAAUAUCGGGAGAACAUGGCUAAGUUAAAGAAUCCAAAUAUCAGGUCUAAUGGAGAUGGUGAUAAUGAUGAAGAAUAUAUUCGUGAAGAAGAUGAAGUAUUGAUUGAUGAAGAUACAAAUCAAUUAAUUUCAAAUCUUGAAUUUUUACAAUUACAAUCGAUUGAAGUAUUCUUUUUGAAAUUUGGUUUGAACGUGAUCAAAAUAACUCAUAAUCAAUUGAAAUUAUCAACUAGGGAUUUAUUUCUUCAAUGUUGUCAAUUACAAUCGUCUUCAACUGUGAUUAAACCAAAUAAUCAAUUCAUUUUUGAAUAUGUGGUUUAUCAUCACUAUCGUUCUUUAGGAUGGUGUGUCAGAUCUGGGAUAAAAUUUGGAAGUGAUAUGUUAUUAUAUAAACGAGGUCCUCCCUUCUCACAUGCUGAACAUGCUGUUAUGAUAAUCCCAAAUGAUGAAUCUGAAUCUGAAUCCUCACAAUAUGAUUGGUUUGAAUUGGCAUCUAGAGCCAGAGUCAUUGGGACAGUAAAGAAGAAUUUCGUAUUAACUUUUGUCGAUUAUCCUCAUGAUAUCGAAGAUGUGAAUGAGAUUUGGUCACAAGUUACUGAUGAAGAUGAUGAUAAAGAGAUUUUAAGUCAAUUUUUUAAAUUGUAUAAAAUCACUGAAAUAUUAUAUAGAAGAUGGUCACCUAGCAGGACUAGAGAUUGA